UUUCUCUGCCCUCCACUCAGCAGCAAUUGCUUGAGACGCCGGGCAGCGGGCAACAAUUCGGGAACUGGAAUUACACCAAAAGAUUAAAACAAAGCACAAAACAACCCCAUUAAAAAUGGAGACCAUUCACGAGAUCAUCCCGUUCGCCAAGGAGAUGUUGAGCCAGAAGCCCAGCCGUCACAUGGUGAAGGUUUACCUGGCAGGAAGUGCGAUGGCGUUCCUCGGGGUGGCGCUGGGCCUGGUGGAGACGGUCUGCCAUCCCUUCUCGGCUGAGGAGCCCCUGGACGAGGAGCUGGCCAGGCUGGAGGAGCGCGAGCAGCGUCUGCUGGAGGCUGAGAGGCAGAGAGAGCGGACAGAGGGGACCCCGCUGCAGAGUGAGGUGACCCAGCCCAAGAAGAAGAUUCAGCAGGCAGCGAUCAGGCGGAGGAGCUCAGCCAACAGACUGCAUGCAUCCUAAACACGCUGCUACACACACACACACAGAUACAUGCACACCCUGCCACACACACAUAUACACACACACACACGUACUGUACUUG